AUGGGACUUCCAGCCUUAUUACGUAGACGUCCACAAUUUAUAACUUGGAAAUCAGGACUUUUAACUUUUAAAAGCCAUUUGGUUAAAAAAGUCUCAUUUUUCUCUCAAAAUAUUGAACAUUAUAUAUACAAUAUUUUAGUUGCACUGUGCUGCGCAUGCGUGGCCCAGCCCCCACAAAGCACAUGCCGUGACCUUGACGCCCAGGCGUGCGCACUGUUCUCUAAAGCCAGGCCGAACCUUUGCACUGACCCGGCGUUCUCACAAUCCACAUGUAUACGCUUCUGUGGGAAUUGCCCCUUGGAAUGUUUUUCUUGCCCCACUCCCUUCCUCAACCCGCUGGACUGCAACACCACCACCACGUGCGCCACUGGCCAGACGUGUGUAACCAAGCAUCUAACAGCCUUAGAUGGUCACCAUGAAUACAUCGUGUCUUGUGAACAGAAAGCAGUUUGCCAAGGACUAAAUUUCGGGUUUGGCGGCUUAAUAGGGAAGCGUGACGAAAACGAGGCGGAAUCGGAGGCGGGUCGAUACCGUCGUGACGUGAGUGUCUCCUGCUGCGAUACGGACUUCUGCAACACUCCGUAUUCUCUCACCACAACAACGCUUCCGCCGACGUCAUCCGGACCGUUCCCGCACGGAUGCGAUCGAGACAUCGUGUUUGUUCUGGAUGACUCGGGCAGUGUUGGUCCAGGAAACUUUUAGCAGGCGCUCGGCUUCAUCAAGGAUAUUGUCCAUCAGCUUACCAUAGGCCCAACAAGAGCACAGACGGCUCUCGUUACCUACAGCACAGGCGUCCAUCCAAUCUGGCAUCUUAACGAAAUCACGACAGAACAACAGCUGUUGCGAAAUCUGUCAUCUGUACCGUACCAAGGCGGCAUCACGAGAACGAACGUUGCUCUUUAUCUGGUGCGUACGACUAUGUUGACACCACAACAUGGCGAUCGCCC